CCCAGCAGGCUGCAGACCCGGACCCGGACCCGGACGCGGACCGGGAGCCGGACCGGGAGCCGGACCCCGCGGCUCCACCCGCCACCCUCCACACGCGAUGGCAUCCGUGGAUCGAUCAUCCGGAGCGCGCUGAGGCUCUGCGUGAUGCAGUCUCUGUUCGGCGGCGGCGAGCUGGGGCUGCUGGGCGGUGGCGGCGAUGCCGGCGGCCUCAAAGAGGACGGCUGCGGCGGCGUGGCGUGGCGCUACUCGCCGCUGCCCCCGGACGACGUGUACUCCGCCUCCCACCUGGCCCUCAUCGCCGCCUACCAGGACAUCAAGACCCGGCUGGCCGGCCUGGAGCGCGAGAACACCAGCAUCAAGAGGAAGCUCAAGAUCUACGAGAUCAAGUUCCCGAUGAUCAGUGAGUUCGGCGAAGACACCAACUCCUACUGCUCCUUCGAGAGCAAAGACACGGCGCUGCUGCAGUCGGAGAACGGGACGCUGCAGCAGAGAGUCAACGUCCUGACCCACGAGCUGCAGAAGAGGAAGGAGAGGGAGGAGCAGCUGGAGGACGUGAUCCAGGCCUACGAGAAGAUCCACAUGGAGAAGAGCAACCCGCAGCGGGACCUGGACAAGAUGACCACCCUGGUGGAGAAACACGUGGAGCGGAUCCUGAACCUGGAGUCGGCCCUGAGGCAGAGGGACAGCUCCCUGCAGAAGCUCAACCUGCAGCUGCACAGCAAAGACAUGCAGUACCUGCAGCUGCACGCCGGGCCGGACGCACACAUGCUGGACUGCCCCGCCCUGACCCUGCAGAGCUCGCGGAGCCUGGACGCCCUGUCCGACCUGAAGCUGCAGCGGCUGGAGGCGGAGCUGGAGGGCGCCCGGCACGAGGCCCAGGGGGCGUGUCGGCGCGAGGAGGAGCUGAAGGCGGAGUGUGAGCGGCUGAAGGACGAGAUGAGGCAGCUGCAGAGCAGCCAGAGGGAAAUGACGUCUCCGUGCAAACAGUGCGACGUGGAGUGGAUCAAGAAGGUGGGAGACGAGCAGGUGAACCUGGCUCUGGCCUACACAGAGCUGACGGAGGAGCUGGGCCGCCUCCAAGCGCUGAGCUCCAAGCAGACGGAGAUCCUGAGGAAAGCCACGCAGGAGCAGGCCAGUCCAGUCCAGCGCCACUCGCCCAUCCACCACCAGCGCCACUCUCCAGUGUCUCAGCGCCACUCGCCCAUCUCCCAGCGCCACUCUCCGGUCCCCCCUCCGCCGCACCACUCCCCGAUCCCCCAGCGCCGCUCGCCGGUGCUGCAGCGCCUGUCCCCCGACAUGCACCGCCGCUCGCCGCUGCUGGACGUCACCGACGGGCCGGCCUCGUACUCCUGCCGGCCGCCCAGCCAGCACCUGCGCGCCAGCUUCCAGGGCCGCCGCAGCUACUCGGAGGUGGCCGACCCCUCGGCGUACCAGUGCCCCCCCCGCUUCUCCCUGGACCCCGUCUCCACGCUGCCCAAGCCGCGGCCCUACGUGGACGGCUACGCCAAGCAGCCGCCGCCGCACAUGGCGUCUCCUCACGGCGGCCUGCAGCACCGGGGGUCCCCGUCCCCCCACCAGGGAGGCUCCGGGGGCGACGGCGGCCUGGCGGAGGGCUCCAGGCGUCACUCCAGAGAGAUGCCGUUCCCCCUGUCGGAGGUGGCCCACCUCCACUUCGAGCCGCCGCCCCCCUCCACCCCGGCGCCACAGCCGCCGCAGUCGUCUGAGGACGAGGAGGAGUGGACCUGCCCGCACCCCAUCAGCCCCCCCCGGACGCUGGGCGUGCUGUCGGCCGCCGUGCCCGGCGGCGUCCUGAGGGGUCCGGCGUCCUGCUCGGCCUUCCCCAUCCCCCAGAGGUCCAACACCCUCAGCUGCCACCCGCCGCCCGGCUACACGGCGGCCGAGCACGCCCAGUCCUGGCCCUCCAUCAACCUGUGGAUGGAGACGGAGGAGAGCGAGGUGCGGAGCUGCCCGCUCUGCCAGCUCGUCUUCCCCGUCGGAUACCCGGACGACGCCCUCAUCAAGCACAUCGACUCGCACCUGGAGAACAGCAAGAUAUGACCGCCGC